AUGCCGCCCAAAUUCGUGCCUCGCGAUCGCAAAAAGGGCAGAAUCGCAAAAGCAAAAGCGAAAAACGCUCACUCCCACGACGAGCCCGAAGAUGCAAACGCCGCCGAAAUCGUCCCUCCCACACCCACGGAACGAGAAGCCCGUCGAACAGCUCUGCAAGAAGAGAUUCGCGCUCAAAACAGCACUUCGGUCAUUAGUGGAAAGAAGAAGAAGAGAUUGGACAAAUACAUUGACAACAAGCUUAAGAAGGAGGAGAACUUGGCUUUGAUCAAGAAGCUCGCUGCCGGAAAGGUUGACACGAGCCUCUUGCUGAGUUCCAAGAAGCUGGGAAGAGGUGGAGAGUCUGCGAGGGAGAGGUUGGAAAGAGCGCUGAGAGAGAAAGAGCAGGGCAUCAACCUCGAGGCAAACGAUGCGAUUCUGUUUGAGCAGAGGAAGAGACCCGCGCUUGAACUCGAGAGCGAGUCUGAGGACGAGCAAGCGUCAACACCCCAAGCAAACGCGUCACAAGCUGCCUCUGCAAAGGCCUCAGUCUCAGUUCCUGCGCCAGCACCGGCGCCGGGCAAGGGUGGGCUCUUUGCUGCCGGCCAAGGUCUGUUUGGCAGUGGCCUGAAGAGGCCGCUUGAGACAGACGAGGAGGGAAAGCCGGUCAUUAAGAGUAGAAAACGCACAAAGGUCGUCAACAAGUCUGUACCUGCAGUCGUCCAAGAACCCGAAUGGGAAGGCUUCUCUGGAGACGAGGGCGAAGACGGCGAGGAUGACGAAGACGAGGACGAGAGCUCAGAAGAAGACAUCAGAGAUGGCGAGGAAGACUCGGAUGAAGACGACGAAGACGACGAAGAUUCAGAGGACGCCGGAGAUUCCGAAGACGGCUCCGAAGAAGAGUCGGACUCGGACGAGGACAUGUCAGAUGCAGAGGCUGUCAAGGAAGCACAAAAGGCUCGUUCGUCUGCCUUCAAGAUGUGGGCCACCGAGCAACGCAACGAGGCCAUAGGCUUCGUCCCCUCGACCAACCUCGAAAGCGUCAACUCGACAGGCGUCAAACAACCUAAAAACUUCGUCCCCCGCGCUCCUUCGCCAGAAACCCUCCCUCCAGAACUCGCCGUAUCCGCUACCACAGAAUCAGACAACCGUCCCGCCGUCAGUCUCGUCAUCCCUCGCACCCCUGAGAUCCAAGAGGCUAGAUUGAAGUUGCCUGUCGUGCAAGAAGAGCAGAAGAUCAUGGAGGCUGUCCACAACAACAAUGUCCUGGUCGUCUGGGGUGCCACUGGUUCCGGUAAAACAACUCAAGUUCCUCAGAUGAUGUUCGAGAGCGGUUACGGCAGUAAGAUUGGUCAGGCAGAUGGAGAAGGCAAGGCCAAAGGCAUGAUUGGUGUCACCCAACCUCGCCGUGUCGCUGCCGUCAGUGUGUCCGAGCGUGUAGGCACUGAGCUGUGCAGCAUGAAGAAUCGUGUUGGUUACCAGAUUCGUUUCGACACCACCGUCUCGAAGGAAACUGCCAUCAAGUUCAUGACUGAUGGUAUUUUGCUCAGAGAAAUUGCCAACGACUUCAUCUUGUCCAGAUACUCUGCCAUUGUCAUCGAUGAAGCUCACGAACGUUCCGUCAAUACCGAUAUCUUGAUCGGUAUGAUGAGCAGAAUCGUCGAUCUUCGUGCUCAGAUGGCAAAGGAGGAGCCUGAAAAGUACUACCCUUUGAAGCUCGUCAUCAUGAGUGCUACUCUCCGCAUCACCGAUUUCACAGAAAACACCCGUCUCUUCAGAAACGGUCCUCCUCCGAUCGUCAAGGCAGAAGGCAGACAAUACCCUGUCACUGAUCAUUUUGCUCGUAAGACCACACAUGACUAUGUGGAUGACAUGCUCCACAAGAUCACCAGAGGUCACAAGAAGCUGCCACCCGGCGGUAUGCUUUGUUUCCUUACUGGUCAGCAAGAGAUCAUCCAGCUUGCCAAAAAGCUUCGACAAGCCUUCCCUGCCGAUACUGGUAGCCAGGUCAAGCAACCCAGAGUUCAUGUGUCUGCUGCUGAUGCACCUCUGGAGAUUGAUGAUAUGGAUGCUGAAGCUCAACCUGCAACGAGAAGAAACGACGAUGACGACGAUGAUGAUGACUCAGACAUUGAGAUAAGAGGAUUGGACGACGAAGAGGACGACAAGGAGUUUGUGAUUGAAGGCGAAGAGCAACCCGUGGAAGCACUCAGAGUCCACGUGCUACCCCUUUACUCGCAACUCCCUACCAAGCAACAACUUAAGGUCUUUGAGGAACCUCCGGCAGGUUCAAGAUUGAUUGUGCUUGCCACCAACGUUGCCGAAACAUCUCUUACCAUCCCUGGUAUUCGAUACGUCUUUGACUGUGGUCGCUCAAAGGAGAAGAAAUACGAGGCUUCCACUGGUGUACAGACUUUUGAGAUCGAUUUUAUCAGCAAAGCCAGUGCAGCACAAAGAGCCGGUCGUGCUGGUCGUACAGGACCUGGCCACUGCUACCGUCUCUACUCAUCUGCCGUCUAUGAGCGCGACUUUGAGGAGUACGCUAUUCCCGAAAUCUUGCGCUCGCCCAUCGAGGGAGUUGUGCUAUCGCUCAAGAGUAUGGACAUCCAGACCGUAGUCAACUUCCCCUUCCCUACACCGCCAGACCGAAAGGCACUGGCCAAGGCUGAGAAGCUUCUUACAUUCCUCGGUGCCAUUGAUGCGCAUGGCAAGAUUACAGAAACUGGAAAAGAAUUGGCAGCAUAUCCCUUGUCGCCGAGAUAUGCAAGAAUGUUGUUGUUGGGCAGACGCUAUAACAUGUCAGCACACACGAUAGCUCUCGUCGCAUCACUCGCUGUCCCCGAGCUCUUCAUCCCUCAGACUCAAUACAACCUUGAGAAUGCACCCGAUGAGGCGGAGUCAGAUGACGAGAACGACACCGCCAGAGAACGUUUCGCAAAACGCCAGAUACGCUCAGAAGCAGACAACAUCGCCGCCUCAGCAGCAGAAGUCAAGCGAAGAGCAUACGGAAAAGCUCACGCAACACUCUCCCGCUGGGACGAUCGUAGCGAUGCUCUAAAGCUACUAACAGCAAUGGCCGCCUACACCGCAUCCUCCUCCCCAGCAACCUUUUGCACAGACUACUUCCUGCGCGAAAAAGCCAUGAAGGAAGCCGCACAGCUUAAGCACCAAUUAACAGCCAUUGUCCGCAGUCAAUCCCGCACCGGCACCGAAGACCCCACCCUACUAUCAUCAUCAUCAUCGUCACAAACCACCCUCCCACCACCCACAGACAAACAACGCGCUAUUCUGAAACAAUUCGUCGCAGCGGGCUUCAUCGAUCAAGUCGCCGUCCGCGCCGACAUCAUCGGUGUCGCAUUAUCCCGUAACCCACGUCGCGCAAUCGAAGUCCCCUAUCGCACUCUCUUCGCCUCCAGCACGGGAGACACAGCAGGCACAGAUCCAGAAACCCGUGCUGCCGCAAAACUAUCCUAUGUGCAUCCUUCUUCAGUACUGGCUCGUCUCACCGUGCCCGAAAUGCCCGAUUACAUUAUUUACUCGCAUUUAUCUCGACAAGCUCCCUCGCCUCCUUUCGACACUUUGCCAAAGACGAGAAUACAUCCCUUGACGACGGUGACGGCGAAACAGCUCGCUAAUCUGGCAGAGGGGACUCCUUUAUUGGAGGUGGGUAAGCCGGUGGGUAAGAUUGAACAGUUACCUCGCGGUGCUGAUGGGAGGGAGAGGAGAGAAGUGUGGGUUGGUCUGAGUUUGAGAGGGGAAAAGGAAAGUACACCUUGGCCUGUGGGAGCGAGGAAAGUGGUUCAAAAGAGGAUUGGAGGUGCUUGGGAGAUUGAGAAGGUUGUGGGAUAA